UCCAUCACUUACUACCAACAUUCCCCACCAGCAUUCACAUGGUUGCACCUGCAAGCAAAUUUUUAAACAAUAAAACAACACAGAAUUGCGCCAAAAACAAAGCUUAAAAAAAUUUCAAACCCCACAAAAGCUCCAUCAAGUUGUACUCAAACAGAUCUCACCCAUUUAUUGAUAAAUAAUGGAGUUUGUCCCACUGGGCCCUUCAACAUCAUGUCUCUCUCCAACACUCAUUGGAUAUCAUCAACCAAAUCUUCCCCUCCUUCUUCCACUCAAUUCUAGGGCUGAAUUCGAACCUCCCUCUCACAAUGCCGGCCGCCUCGCCGCACCUCCUUGCCUUCUUCCUCCUCCUCUGCGCCGCCGUCUCCGUCUUCCCCGUUUCCGCCACCGACCACAUCGUCGGCGCCAACCGCGGCUGGAACCCCGGCAUCAACUACACUCUCUGGGCUAACAACCACACCUUCUACGUUGGCGACCUCAUUUCAUUUAGGUAUCAGAAGAACCAAUACAAUGUGUUUGAGGUGAACCAAUCAGGAUAUGACAACUGCACCACAGAGGGGGCGCUUGGGAAUUGGAGCAGUGGCAAGGACUUCAUCCCUCUCCAGAAGGCUCAAAGGUACUACUUCAUUUGUGGCAAUGGACAGUGUUUUAAUGGCAUGAAGGUGACCGUUCUUGUUCAUCCUCUUCCUCCUCCUCCAUCUUCCCCACUUGGCACCGAGCAUUCAUCGCCCUCGUCUGCCACAGCCCCAGAGGGUUCUCAACAAUGGCGGAUUCGUGCUCUGCUCAUCUCUCUGGCUUUGAUUUGGUUCGGAUCUGACUGGAUUUAGUUGAGCCAUGGCUGGGCCAUGCAGAGGUCUUUGUUGGUAAAUCAAACUAGUUUUAGUGUUGGAAUUGUUGUUUCCUUUUUUGAGAUCUCUAGAUUUGGUAACAGUUUGGGUGGCAGAAUUGUGAAUCCCAAUUCCCAAACUUGUGAGGUGACAUUGUUUGAUGGUUUUCAAAUUUGUGGGCUGGUUUUGAUUGUUUGGUUUGUUCUAAUUUGUAAUGACAUUAUGACAAUCACAUCCAGGUUGUUUAAAUUCCUACCAGUUGGCCCCCAAAAUCGUGGGAGAAUCUGCAUUUGUCAUACUAUUCAACAAAA